ACUUCGAUUCAGGUCCUCGGUGCUUCCAAAGCGGAAGGAGCUGUUGAGUUCAUCGAUUGGGCUAGACCCGAUGCGCUCAGGGUCCUCCUUCCGAUGUAUUCUUGCUCUCUCCAAGACUUUCGAAGUCAAUGGGGAUGAAGUUUUACCUCCCUCUCCCACCACUCCUAAGUAACCCAGCCCCUAUUCCUACCAGUUCCCUAUGAAGUUCCUAUCUUUCGCCUGGGUAUUCCAACCAAUCUUCUGGAUCGCUCAUUGGAGUUCUCGGCGUCGAUAUCCCGUCAGAAAAGAUGAAAGACCACAAUGGUAGUAGCAGUUGUCUUGUGGGCUGCCGUUCGCAAACCAUAGAGGGUCCAACCCAACCCGAGAGUCUAGAUCCCGAAAUUAUUUCUUAUUUCCUCGUACCCGGAACCUCCAACCACCAAGAUAGCGAAACGGUUUCCGCUCCCCAACAAGACGGCGGUACGCAAGAUAACGAAACUGUUUCCACUUUUCGCCAAAAACGAGUUGGACGACAUUUUAGACACCGGUCAAGCGAAAAGUCGCCGAAGUCUCCGAAUUCUGCAAAGUCGGGAGACUCGAGACGUAGCAAGAUCAGCAAGCGUCGCUCCAUCGAUUCUUCACUGUCAGCUUCGAGCAGAUACCCGCGCAUAACGGAUUGGAGCGCAGGGGUGAGUGCUACGAGUCCGUCCUCGUUCGGGCCCCCUCAACGCAAUCCAGUUGAUCCUCCUCGGCCCCCAAAGCCGGGUUAUGAAUGGGUUUGGUUUCCAGAAGGAUACUGGGCUGAGCGAGAGAUACGCGGAUUCAUACCACCGAGCCAUGCGACGAAGCAGAAAUGGUGGAACAGAUUCAUUGGCCACAACAGCCAGAUAAUUCAGAAGAGUCAGAGCAUACCAAAGGCUGCAAACGAGGACAACGUGAACGACAGCAAAAUUCCUUCAUCUUUCAUCCCACAGAUCAAGAUUGGCAGCGUAUCAUUAAAGUCUAUAGCCCUGACUUCUCGGCGAACUUCUCGGCAUACUAGUGGCGAUUCCCAGAAGAGCAGCAAUCUUUGGCGUUUCAAUUUCAGCAAGCCAGGCAAUCAAGAGGCUACCGAAUCCGCCCAGCAGCGAGAGGGGCUAUACUGCCGGACAAAACGGAAUAUUGAAGCACGAUUCCGCAAAAUAGUAAGAGCCUGGCCCAUCUAGGCAUGGCACAGCUGACACCCAAAGUCUGUAGACAAGUUAUCCAUGAGCUCACUUGAAGGUCCUGGCACAUUGGCCUCGCGCACAACGAUUCUUCUCCACGGAGCAAGCAACUAUUUCGAUCUCACGCAACGUCGAUCGAAUCGCCAUGCGGAAAUAUCACCAAGCCAUUCCUUAGGCAGCAGAUCUCGUCCACGAUUAGGAAUUGCUCCCUGGCACCGCAGACAUUCACAUGAUUCCGUACUUUCUGUUUCGAGCUCUGUGCGCAGCUUGUUGCUAGGUAAGACACCUAUCGCUACGCCAACACCUGAAAAGCAUUAUGUAGGCCCCGAUGGAAAGACUUACCCCACAGGUAUUUUAGCUGCGCAAAUGCUGAAGAACAUGAAGCUCAUCUCU